AUGUUGAUCACUAAAAGGGCUCUGAAAGGCGCGACCCUAGCAUGGCUCGCUCUUCCGUUGGCCAAUGCGUGGUACUGUCCUCCUCCUGGACCAGUUCUCCCUGCCGCCAAAUCUCCUAGCACCAGCCCGCAUAUCAAAGAGGCCAUUGAUGAUCUUUUUGCUGCCCUCAAACUCGUGUCUGAGACUUGGUAUCCCAACACUGCUAUUUCUGUAGCUGCCAAAUCUCUCCAUGAGGAGACUCCCUUUGUAUCCCACCAUAUCUAUCCUAUCGGUGGAUUAAACACUAGUGGCGUAGCCGCUAUCGAUGAGGAAACGGUCUACCGCGUGUCAAGCGUCUCUAAACUAUUCCCCGUUCUCGCCCUUCUCCGUCUUGGAGUCAGCCUCGAGGAUCCAGUCAUCAAGUAUCUGCCCGAGCUACGAUCUAUCAGAGUUGCCGAGGCUCCGGAUGCCAUCACAACUAUUCAAUGGGAGCAUAUUACGAUCGGGAUGCUAGCAUCUCAUAUGAGUGGGAUCGCCGCUGAAUAUGCUGUCGACCUCGCCGCGGUUCCCUUUGACCUAGGCCCAGCCUUCCAGGCCCUGGAUAAAAAGUCUUUCCCACCUUGUGCUGUGACUGGUUUAAAUCCCGAGACUCUACCCCAAUGCACGCGUGCCGAUUUCUUCCGCGACUUUGGUAUUCGACAUCCAGUAUUCGCGCCAGGCACCGCGCCUGUCUACUCCAACAUCGGAAUCUUCCUUUUGAGUCUUGUUGUUGAGGUAGUUUCUCAGACGACCUACGACAAUUUUAUCCAGCAGAAUAUCUUUGGUCCUCUCGGUAUGACAAACACUACAACCGGUGCUGUUCCCAAUGCAUCUUACGGCGCUAUCGCUGUCAAUCACACCAGCUGGGGUCUAGACCUGGGCUUUGAGAAUCCAUCGGGAGGUUUCUACUCUAACACAAAGGAUCUUUUGACAUUCGGAAAUGCGAUUCUUGAACACAAGCUGUUGGAUCCGGUGACGACACGAAAGUGGCUGAGUCCCGUUGCCUUUACUGAUUCCAGUGGCGUAAUGGUCGGUUAUUCCUGGGAAAUCAUGCGUGCGAAGAACAUCACAGGCGAUGGAAGAGUCAUCCCUGCCAACUACAAGUCAGGACAUCUUCCAGGCUAUCAGGCAGCUCUCAUCCUUGUACCAGACUACGACCUUGUCUUGACAAUUCUUGUGGCAGGCCCCCUACACGAAGCGACAGAAAGCCUCUUGCAGCAUUUUGGCUCUCGCUUCAUUGAACGCAUGGUUCCUCCUUUGGACCAAGCUGCCAAGGACGAAGCUCUUAUUCGAUACGGCGGGGUAUACUCAGACCCUGCGAGCAACUCAACUUUGAAGAUUGAACUUGACCAUGGCCCAGGUCUGUCCCUGACUGAACUCACUGUUCGGGGAACAAGCUUGUUGGUCGAUCCUUUUGGCAAGCCGGCCCGCAUUCGACUGUACCCCUCCAAUCUCAAGACCAAGGGUCGGGAAGCCUGGAGAUCCAUCACAAGCACUCUGACCGAUGAAGAAAUUGAGACUAUCGAAUCUGGCUUGAUUUGGGAGCAAGGCACGUGUCCAACCCUCGGAACGCUGGACAGGCGUGGGUAUGGCUACAAGUCGCUCGACGAGUUUAUCUUCGAGUUGGAUUCUUCCGGAAAGGUCAAAGGCCUCAACUAUCGCGCCCUGGACGUCACAUUUGAGAAGAACAAUGGAGCACCUGAGACUCAGCAUCGAGAGAAUUUAGACGAUCUCACAGUGUUGUUGAGGGCGCUUUUGGUCAAACUUGAGUCUCAGUAG